GAGCGGCCGAGGCCCGUCGCUCAUUCUUCUGUCCUCUUCUUUACCUAGUCGCGAGGGUCCGAAAACAUGGCUCCGUGAGGGAGCGGGCGCGCGCGCGCGCUCGUGGGAGGCCUCGCGGGUUCGUUCUCCGGCGGCGGGGUAGUUCGACGAAAAGGAACGAGGGAGGAACGAAGCCGUCGUUACCCGGCCAAUGGUUAACCGUUCCGCGCCCGGCGGCUGAGGAGGAGGGGGGGGGAAAAGGCUGACAGACCGGGCUCAAUGCGCAGGCGCCCAGGCCGCCUUUGCUCCUGCCGCUGCCGGGCCGCCACCGUUACCCGCCUCCGCUGCCGCUUCCCACCAGCAUGAGCCAGAGCGCCGCCGUCUUGCCCCCGCCGGGCCCGGCCUCCCGCGCCCUCCACGUGGAGCUGCCUUCCCAGCAGCGUCGUCUUCGUCACCUACGGAACAUAGCAGCACGGAACAUUAUUAAUAGGAAUGGCUUUCGGCUCCUGGAUACCUACUUCACCCUCCACUUAUGUGAUAAUGCCAAGAUUUGUAAAGAAUUUUAUAGGAGUGAAGUAAUAAAGAAUUCCCUGAACCCAACAUGGCGAAGUCUUGACUUUGGCCUGAUGCCCGAUCGCCUUGAUACGUCUGUCUCCUGUUUCGUGGUGAGGAUCUGGGGUGGCAAGAAUGAUACCUAUCAGCUGCUGAUUGAGUGGAAAGUCAAUCUAGACGGACUCAAAUAUUUGGGCCAACAGAUACAUGCUCGUAGCCCAAAUGAAAUCAUUUUUGGACUGAAUGAUGGCUAUUAUGGAGCUUCAUAUGAACAAAAGGGCCACCCAGGAACCCAGAAAAAUAACCUCCUUCAAGUGGAUCAGAACUGCGUCCGUAACUCAUAUGAUGUCUUCUCUUUACUUAGGCUGCACCGGGCUCAAUGUGCAAUUAAACAGACUCAGGUAACUGUUCAGAAAAUAGGAAGGGAGAUUGAAGAGAAACUGAGGCGUACAUCGACAAGCAACCAGCUGAAAAAGGAAAGCGAGUGUUUACAAUUGAAGAUUUUGGUGCUUCGGAACGAGCUGGAGAGGCAGAAAAAAGCCUUGGGCCGAGAAGUGGCUUUACUGCAUAAGGAACAGAGCGCGCUGUUCGAAAGAGGAAAUGUUUUUGAAGAGGAAUAUCGGCAGCUCAUGCUGGACAAAGAACCCCUUCAAGAGUUGAGGAAAGAAUGCACAGCUCAGAGAGAGCAGUUCCUGAAGACCAACGCACAGCUGACCAUCCGAUGCAGGCAAUUACUGUCGGAGCUUUCCUAUAUUUACCCUAUUGAUAUGAAUGAUCAAAAGGAUUAUUUUAUUUGUGGAGUCAAGUUGCCAAAUUCUGAAGACUUUCAAGCGAAGGAUGAUGGAAGCAUCGCAGUCGCGCUGGGUUACACGGCUCACUUGGUCUCCAUGAUCUCCUUCUUCUUGCAAGUGCCACUCAGGUAUCCCAUUAUCCACAAGGGCUCCCGGUCUGCAAUCAAAGAUAACAUUAACGACAAACUGACUGAAAAAGAAAGAGAAUUUCCAUUGUAUCCAAAAGGAGGAGAGAAACUGCAGUUUGACUAUGGCGUCUAUCUUCUCAACAAAAACAUUGCACAGCUUAGAUACCAACAUAGCCUGGGGACUCCAGAUCUAAGGCAGACCCUUCCAAACCUGAAAAAUUUUCUGGAGCAUGGCCUGAUGGUCAGAUGUGAUCGGCACCACAUUUCCAGCGCCGUUCCAGUUCCAAAGAGACAGAGUUCUGCAUUUGGGGGCUUGGAUGUGGGCUUCUCCGGCAGCCAUCCUUCUCCAGAUAAGGGACUUCGGAAACGGGCCAGCUCGGAGAAUGAGAGACUGCAAUAUAAGACGCCUCCUCCGAGUUACAACUCCGCUUUAACCCAACCUAUUGCCAUAGCCGGAGAGCUGGAGAGAAAGGCUGGGUCUUUAUCCUCUUCCUUAGAUACCUCUAUUGACUUCUCAAAAGAAAGCAGAAAAGGAGGGGAUGUGUGCAACAGUUUAAAUGGUGAAAACAGGAACCUGAACGAUUCCCAAGAUCAGCAGGAGCCUCUCCUGGAAUCAUCUCGUGCAAUAAACGGCGCGGCGCUGCCCAGCGAACGUCCCGAGAACAUCGCCCGCGAGCAGCCGUGCGCAUUCCGUGGCCCCCUGGGCGCCAACCUCCUGUGCACGGUCGAGCAAGCGGAAGAGAUCAUGGGCAUGGAAGCGACAGGGUUUGGCACCGGAGACCAGCUGGAAGCCUUUAACUACAUCCCAGUGGACCACGCAGUGGCCGUGGAGUGCGACGAACAAGUUUUGGGGGAAUUCGAAGAGUUCUCCCGAAGGAUCUGUGCUCUGAACAAAGAUACCCCCACUUUCCGCAGGCCGCGGAAAGGUUCCGACAAGUGAGCCUUGGAACGCCGUGGCAGCAGCCGUGGCAGGUGGCAAAGGUGGAAUGAAGACUUGCACUCGUAAUCCCUGAUCAGUUACUGGGUGGAAGGAGGGAAGGGGGGGAGAAAACACACGUCACUGUCGUUCUGGGAAGUAGCUUUCGAUAACGUGAAACCAUGGUAUAUCCACCUUGCAGGCAAACAAUGACCACUUCCUCUUCUAGUUUUCUGAUAUUUGCAGGUUGCUCUGGCAGUUCGAUCGGGCCACGUCCGUAUGGCCUGCUUUUAAGUUUAUUGUUUAGAUUCCUUUCAGCCUUCCAAGGGAGAGUUAAGCCAAACAUUUGCCUGAAGCUAGGCGGGGCGGUGGUGGCACCUUGACCUCCCUUCUCAAUGGCUUGUUGCAUUCAGCUGGGUCCUGCGGCUCUUCCCGAUCCAGAGGCAUGCAGAAGUGGUUUUCUUCACUUGGGGAAACAAAUGGUAAACUUAACAAGCGGACCGGUCACCCGAAUACCCCUUGCAAAACUCAUAAGAAUCUCUCUCGGUUUUGUUUCCUGAAUUCCUGCACUGCCGUCACUGACCAUCAUCCAGUGGAGUGAGUGGGAUUUGCAAAGAAACCACCCUUGCCUAACCCCCUCAUGGAUGACAGUGGGUCCCUGUGAAGGAGGGGUUUCCUGCAGAUCAUCCCGUUGGGUCUGGAAACAAAGGUUUGGCAGGCAGAAAGAGGUCUACUCUUCUUAACCAGUUGAGAAAUGGAAGCAUGCCUGGUCUUGACUGAACACGUGGUGCCCGCUCAAGACCAGACCAGUCAACAGAACGUGCCGUUGUGGCCGUGGGAUGGCUUUCCAGCCUAUUUGACUGGUGAUCCCUACCAGUGUAUUUCAUAGGACCACAAAGCCCUACACCAUAGGCUUGGUGCAAUGAUUGUUCUAAUGAGUUCAAACCCUGUCAAGCUGUGAAGCAGUUUACAUACACAAGUCAGAUAUACAUGGUGCAAUAGGUUUGGGAUCACAUGAAUGGAAUUUAAUAAUGCUUGGUGUUGACCCUAUUUAAUUUUAUAUAAGUUAAAAAGAAAAUCAACCAAAUCACCCAUAUAGGUUUCAACUGGGGUUGUCUUUGACAGUCUUUCAGUGGGGCAAGUUUGACUCAAGAUGAGGUAGUUGACCACUGGCUCAUGUGUUUCCAGCUGCACUAAUGCACAAGCAGUUCUUGUCGUCUGCUUGAGGUUCCCAACAAUAUGCAUUCUGGAGCGCAGAUGUAUCUGGCUCUCGCUUUCUACAUUGUAUACUGAAGUCUGGGCUCAAUUGUGAGCUUAUUAAAUAUAUAAAUAUAUAAAUAUAUAUAUGUAUUACAAAAUAAAAGUUUAAUUUACUUCA